GUAUAUGCAGCCGCAACAGACACAGUUUCACGGUGGUCAGAUCAAAAAAUUGGCUACAGAGUGCAGUUUGCAGUUUACAGAACCAGCACCGCCUGAGCCGGAGUCUCGUCAUGAUGAGCACUAUGAUGAGCGAGACGACGCGUUGAAAGCGUGGAAACAGCGGCGCCAGGAGCAUCAGGACACACGCAGAAAAUUUGAGGAAGAGGCUUCCUCCCGCGCCAGGCUGAUUUUUGAAGCGAAAAAACGCACAGACUUUGCAGCGGAGCACUUGAAGAACAAGCUUCCCUCAGUCGAGGGAGCACCUCCACGCCGUGAAGAACCUGCCAUGGAGAAAAUGUUGGAUACUUCCAAGACCACGCAAUUGGUCAAGUACAUCAAUCAAUACUUUGACGAGUGGAGAGCCGCUGCGGAGCUGAAGAGCUUCCUGGAGAAUCUGAAGAAGGGACUGUGGAAGAUCAAAGAUAGUAUUCCAGAUGUUCCAUUCGCGGAUCGAGCUCAGAAUCCAUGGGACUCAAUCGAGCAGACAGAAAAAGUCUUCGCCGGUGAAGCUACUCGGGUGGUUCCAACUGCAGGGCAAAAAGAUCUAUUUGUGCAGACGAGGGAGGGAGACGCGGAGUUAGGAGAGCGGCCUACCUGGCCAAUUUUUGAAGGACCAACACUCGAAAGGGUCGAGGACCUCCUUCUUUGCUCCGAGAAAGUUGACUCAGAGGAACACGAAGUAAAGUCGCCUCCAGCUAAACAACGAAAAAUAGGGAGUAGUGCUGAGCCGCCUCUUUCGUCCUUAUUUGAGAAGAGGGGUCCAGUAGAAUCUUCUGGUGCAGGAGCAACAAGUAAACAUCUUCUACCUAAAGCCUUUAGUAGUGGCGAAUACAAGGAGCUGAGUGCUGAAUUCAUCCGAGAACUCGAAGAGAGCUGGAAGCUGGCCGAGAAGGACGAGGCGAAAGCUAUGGUCUUGCAGGUGACGCAGUAGUUCGUUGAAAAUUUAUUCAUAGUUUUUCCUGUCCCUUCAUCAUUUCGUAUUUUGUCUGGGAGAAGGGAAAUCGUGGAGUUAUCAGUUACAACAUUACUACAGUUUGUUUGAUACAAAGUGAGUGUUAGUGUCUGUAGUACAAAAUCUUCUAAGCCCUACGCGAUGGACGUUGGUAGCAUGGCGAGUUUGCUUGGCAAGGCAUCUGUGGACGGGAAAGCAGCUGCUUCAAAAUAUCUUCAAGAGAAGACAACGGAAGCGAAAAAGCUAUUUGAAACAGGAUGGCGCUGGAUGCUGCAAAAGAUGCAGCUACGGGCGCCAGCCCCUGCGACUGGUGCUGGUAAUACCGUGACGCCUUAUGCGUUUUUUCAAUUAUGACUGAAAUUUUUACAACAGCUUCGUAGUACUAGUAAGACUUGUAGCGUAUGCGUAAGCCUAGGCCUACGACUCAUUUUGUAGUAUGUUGCAGCUAGGAAGCUCAGGCUUGUCCUCUACUGGAAACGAAAGCUCCCUCGGGUUUGAUGAGACGUCUGAUCCUCUAACAUUCGAGCAUCUCUGCGACAGAAGCCCCUUGGUCCAUGAUGCCAUCUUGAUCGCUCUCGCCCUACGUUCUUGGCAACGCAGUCGUCGACUGCUUCAGUUACUCAGUGAGGGCAAAGGACAUCAGCUAGGACUUGAGCUCGAAAAAUCUGACAAAGUCUACUACUCGGUGACAGAAUUCCCGGAAUGGCUGGCUUUCGAGAUCGACAAUAACGUGUGCAUUCGAGAAACGCAAGCAGAGGUGGCUAUAGAGCUGGUUCGCGGUACGACGAGUCGCGUCUUGCAGCUAGACAUGGGAGAGGGGAAGACGGCUAUCAUAGUGCCAAUCGUCUUAGCGGCGUUGGCGAGAGCCUGUGCUUCUACCAUGAGCAUGAACAUCAGGAGUGAGGAUGAAGAGCAAGACAAGAACCCGAUCACCCGCUUAACGGUGUUGUCUAGUCUCUAUGCGACGAACGUGAAAGAUCUACAGCAGCGAUUGGGUGGACUGCUUGAUCGCCGCGUCAUUCCGCAACUCUGUCGACGCGACCUGCACCUCACUCCGCAAUUGCUCAACAGAAGCUUGAACAUACUGGAAAAAGCCCGUCGACGUGGAGACGUAGUGGUUGUUACGGGAGUUACAGGAGUGCGAGUAGUUUUAGUUGUCUAGAUCACUCAGUAUAUACAAUACUAAUUUUUUUGAGGUUUUCAUCCACCAUUCUUGUGGAAUACGAAUAGCGAACAUUUGUUCCAUCUCUGGUUCAAGAUUUUGAAGAAGAGCGCAGUCACGUCAGUUUCAGUAGUCGUCAAAUCAUAUCAUCAAGGUAGAUUUCUGCCAUUAUUUGUCCUCUAACCUCUCGACCCCAGAGUGCCGACUCAGUCUGGAAAACAAGUCUUUAGAAGCGAGCGCUGAAGGUCUCAGUUCGCAUUACAACGAAAAGACUUCGCGUGGCCUACGCAAACUCGUAGCCUUCUUUGAGGAGCACGGGCGCGAGCUCCUAGACGAGUCUGACGAGUUGUUGUCGUCGAAACAUCAAUUAGUCUACUCAUUGGGCACCCAGUCCCGUAUGGAUGGGGAGCAUUGGCGAUUUCGGCUAUCCUCCAUCGUCCUAAGCGUUGUCAGUGCAAAGGCAGAAGAGUUACAGCAGAAGUUCGGCUCUGACGUUGUUGAAGUGUGUCGUGGUGCUGAGCGCGGCGGUGAUCGUGACGCUGGCCCUGACUCUGUUGGCAAUGGCAACAGUACGAGCAGCUCGUCCUUCACCUACUACACCUCUCUGCGUCUGCUGGAGCAUCCACGUGCCACCGAAGUUUUUGAAACGAUUCGGACGCUUUGCGUCGACGCCUUUCUGUCUGAUGAAGCCGACUCCGACUCGUUGGUGAAAAAAGACGCUAGUACAGCAAAUCUCGUGAGCAAGCAUCUUCCGGACGACAGCUCCCGUAUUGUGUUUCGUGCUGCAGUUUUGGACUCCGACUUUAGCGACUUUACGGCAGAAAGUGGCAACUUCCAAAAAGCCCUAGACUCUGAAGCAAGGACUGCAGCGCUGGCCUUCCGCGAGUUGCUCACUUACAGCGUGCUUUUCAGCGUGUUGAAAAAGCGAUGGAGAGUCGAUUAUGGACAGCAUC